AUGUUAAGAAUUAAUAAACAGAAACACACAAAAAAAUGUUUUUAUGUGGUAUCUGAAAUUCAAAUCCUAUUUACACAUCAGAAGUCACACCCUUCCCCUGCCCACUUGGAUAUUUUUGUUCCUUUAUAAAUACAUCAAACGAAGCUGUGGGUUUUCACUUUUAAACACACCGUUUAAAGUGAAUGCUCACGUAAACUCCGUGUACCCUUAUAAGCUCUUUAGCUACAACCACUUAUUUAUACAAACACAUCAUAUUCUUUAGAGAGAGAGAGAUAUAGAUUCAUGAAAUUUUUCCUCCCUGAGCUUGGUUUUUGUUUUGGCGGAACCGAAAUAACGCCAGAGACAGAGACCAUCUCCACUGUUGCCCCAACAAAUCAGCCGCGUGCAAAGCGUGGUAAUACCGCCAAACACUGGAAGCCGGAGCUCUCAGCAAUUGCUGAGGAUGGUGGCGUUUUGAACGCGUGUCAACAGAGUAAUCAAUCGGUUAGUGUUGUCAAGAAACCGUUGAACAAAGUUAAAUCUGCGGGAAAAACUCGAUCUCAAUCAUAUGUCAGUAAUUACAGGAAAUUUAGUCACGCGAUGGCAAUUCCGGCUUUCUCUCCAACGCCGUUUGUGUUCUGAUCGACUGCGAUUGAUAUUGGUUUCGAUAUGUUGUUUAUGUAACGAAAUUUGUGAAUAGUAUUGCUAUAUUUAUAAACUUGUAAUGGUAUGAUAUCGGGUCGGGUCAGAUGAGAUGGAUGUUGUGUGAUAACAUGUAGUCUGUAGAUUAAAAGACAAUUGGCAGUUUGAUGUAUACUAUCAAAAAAAAGCCUCUAAGCUCUUCGAUCUACACAUCCCUUUUAUAAAAUAAUUAAGGGAUUUAUUUUAUUUUGUUGUUCA